AUGGAGUCUUCGCCUCCAAGGAGCAGUUUCGCUGCUCCUGUGGCAGGUGUGAAGCGUCCUGCGUCUCUGCUGCCUGCUUUUGAGCCAUUGAGCUCCUCUCCCUCACUUCCUCGCCCACAGAAGCGUGUAGCACGCGACAAUCAUGGCAUUGUCUCGACUUAUCCUACGCCGGUGCCGACCUCGUCGACCCAUAUCAUGUCCUCGUCCCCCCCUCGAAUGACCCUGCCUCGGACGGCCUCCCGGCGUACCUUAGCCUCGUCCAGCUCCGAACGAGCCCCUCUGUCUGACGUCCCGACUAUAAUGCUCUCGGAGAGCGGAGAGCCCGUCCUGAUGGGGAGAUCGAGUGCCUCGUGCCAUCACCAACUCGCUGCCAACCGUAUGAUAUCACGGGUACAUGUCAAGGCCAUCUAUAAGCCAGCAAGCAAUCCUUUCGACUCAGGCAGUGUGGAGAUCAUGUGCAUGGGGUGGAAUGGAAUAAAACUGCAUUGUCAGGGGAAAACAUAUGACUUGGCUAAGGGGAAGACCUUUACUUCAGAUAUUAAGGAUGUUGACAUCAUGAUUGAUGUCCAUGACGCCCGAGUGCUGGUCCAAUGGCCUCGAAAUGACCGGAAGGACUAUGCAUCGACCGACUCAGAACAGACCUGGGAGGAGACUACACCCAAACGUGCCGCACAGUCCCGUCAAAGCCUUCAUGAAAGCCCUAAUGUUGAACGGCAGCGUUUGGCGUCUCCUGUCUCGCCGUCACCUGCGACCAAGUCUUUGGUGCCCCCAUCCUCGCCCUUGUAUACCCCAACUCGCUCGCGGAAUGCAGUAGUUGUAUACGAAGAUGAGGCUUCUCCUGUUCGUCGCAACAACACUGAAGAUGUGCUGGCCCAAGACACUCGGAAGUCUUCAAUUGUCGAGGACAUUUUCCAGAGCUCCCAGUCCAGCGACUUGAGUGACCUGAGCAGACAAGAUGAAUUUUCAGACCAUGACGAGGAAAAUGACCCUAUCAUCCACUCCUUUGGGCCAUUUGGUGACAACCUCCUCCCUCGCAUGGCCUCCUUUACUGCAGAUGAAUCACCUCUCCGGCCUGCACGCCCCCGCAACCAAGCUUCAGCCCCUCUCCAGUCUAGACAACAGUUGAAGUCGAGCGAGUCCGUUGAAAGCCUGACAACCAAGCUGGAGCCCCUUGAUGAGAGCUUUGAACGCGUGCAGAACCAUGCCGUCAAUCAAUUGGCCUUUUCACGUCUCUCGUCGACGCCAUUCUCAACCAUUCUGAACAACCUUCCUCCCACCCUGUGGAAACGGGAUAGCCAUCACAGAGAGGGCCCAUCCAAAGACGAGAUCCGCGCCAUCUUAGAUACCACCAAGUGCAUUGGCAAGGUUGCACGGGAAGGAAAGGACGCUGCGGGAAAGCCUUUGGAAAGCGAAUAUUAUUAUAUCCCUGACUAUGAUGAGGAUGAUAUGCGACGCGAGGCGGUCGUGCACGAUCUCCGAAAGCCAGGCCUCCGUAACUGCCGCAAGCAGCAUAAGCAUGUGUUCUGGGGCGAUCUCCGUCUUCAGAAUGAGAGAGUCUGGGCUGGCGAGAGUGAUGUCUUCCCAGUCAGCAAAUCUCUCGAUUCAGCCCUGAAGAAAAAUACCGCUUUCAUCAAGCGUCUCCGCACCGGAAUCAACGCCGCUGCCCAACAAACCUUCCUGACCGAUAUCCGCACGCUGUCGCUACACAAAUAUCUUUCGGAAAUCAUCUCCGCCUGCUACGAAGGUCUCUGCAAGCUCAAGUCGCCCGGGGAAAUUGCUACAGGGGUCGAGAUUACAAGCGCACUGCAUCAGCGGUUCGGACCUAAGGAAUUCACUCGCCAGAUCGGAUGGCUGCUGGGACGGGGCUUGAGUACACCGGAUAAGGGACAGCUGAAGGCGCUUAGCCAGGAGGUACGCGAGCGCGAGGAGAAGGAACGGUUGUCGCGGCAUCGGGUGUUGUUGAGGGUAGUUACGGAGCUGUGGUUGGUGGGGGUUCUCAAGACGUUGGAUGAUAUCGAGAAACCGGAUGAUGUUGGGGCGAAGGGCAAGGAUGGGGUUGUUGGGCUUGGUGGUAAGGCGAUUGAUGGGCCGGUGAAGAGAAUUGCCCCGUCAGCUGGUAGAGAUGGCGAUAGGGAACCGGAACCGUUUCCUCUGGAAGUGUUGAAGGACCUUCUGGGACACGAUCGCGAUCACUCGAAUCUGCCUCUUGCCGUUCUUUUCGUGAAGAGCUUUAGUUGGGAUGUGCUGGGUGUGAAGAUGGUUGAGGAGGGCAGGAAAACUGUGGAAGCUGAUGGCGCUACAACGAGUGCUCCGGCGGAGGCUGUUAAUGGCGGCGACGAAGGCGCAGAGCAGAUGCCUGACGCGGACAAUGAUCCUCCGUUGACGCCGGAGAAGGUUCAGCUUCGGUUCAAGCACAUUCUCAACCGGUACCUGGAGGAUGUCAAGGCGCAUGUUGUUCGCGACCAGAGAGCGUUGGCUGCCCAGAGCCGCCGCAACGCCGAAGCCUACGUGAAAAGCGGUGAAAUCUUCGAAGACCGCCAGGCCAACUUUGAGAGACAGACCAAAUCGCUGGAGAGGCUGGUUGCCAACACCCAGGUCUUGUGUGAGGUUCUGGGCGUGGAAAUGCCAGCCUUGGCUGAGAAGGAGGCCGCUGAUGCUGGGGCGGGUGGUGGUAUCGGCCUGGUGAAGGCUAGCGAGUACUUGCGUGGUCAAGGCGAGGGCGCCGGCAUCUGGGAGGACGAAGAGGAAAGGCGCUUCUACGAGAACCUGGUCGACCUUAAGGGUAAAGUGCCGGCGGUGCUGCUGGAGGAUGGCAAGAAGAAAAAGACCGAGACCGAUGAGGCAGGGAAGAAGAAAGCAGAUGGUGAAGGUGCUGAAGCAGAAAAAUCAGAACCUACUGGACAAGUCCAACAAGCUGAGGAGAAGCCUGCCGCGGACGCCGACGAUCAGUCUACAGCUAUCGCAAGCAAGACCGUCGGAGCUCAGGUGGACGCACUUCUUGCCAAAUUGCCCGAUCUGCAGACCAAGGAUCAGGUUGACCAGCUGGCGCUAGACUUCUGCUUCCUUAACUCGAAAGCAUCGAGAAACCGGCUCAUCAAGGCGGUUUCGGAUGUUCCCAAAGGCCGUAUCGACCUUCUGCCAUUGUACUCUCGUCUGGUUGCAACCCUGGGGCAGUAUAUGCCCGAUAUUCCUCAGGGCAUUACCACGUAUCUUGAUGAGGAGUUCCGAAGCCUCCAGCGCCGAAAGUCGAAGGAGUUCUUGGGGCAGGUCCGCAUGAGCAAUGUCCGUUAUCUCGCGGAGCUGACCAAGUUCGGGGUGGUUCCGGAGCACAUCAUCUUCCAUUGCUUCAAGGUCUCGCUGGAUGACUUUUCCCGCAUGAACAUCGAAAUCAUCGGGCAUCUCUUGGAGAACUGUGGACGUUAUCUGCUCCGGAAUCCCGACACCUCUCCACGAAUGGCCUCUUUCUUGGAGACUCUCGGGCGGAAGAAGACCGUACAGCAUCUGGGUCAGCAAGAGCGGAUGAUCAUCGAGAAUGCCGUCUACUACGUCGACCCGCCGCCGCGACCUGCCAUUCAGCAGAAAGAGCGCACGCCCAUGGAGUCUUACAUCCGGAGGAUAGUCUAUCUGGACAUGAACAAGCGCAACUACACCAAGAUUCUCAAGUCGAUCCGAAAGCUUCACUGGGAAGAACAGGAUGUUGUCGACAUCUUGGAGCGUGUCUUCAGCAAGCCGGUCAAGGUCAAAUACGGCAAUAUCCACCUUCUCGCCAUCCUUGUCAGCGCCCUUUACAGGUAUCACCAGGAUUUUGUCAUUGGUGUCGUGGACAACAUUCUGGAGCAGAUCACGCUGGGUCUGGAGCAGAACGAUUUCAAGUUCAACCAGAAGCGUGUCGCUGAAGUCAAGUACCUGGGAGAGCUCUACAACUACAAGAUGAUUGAUUCGCCAGUGAUCUUUGACACCCUGUAUCGCAUUGUUACCUUUGGUCAUGAAAACGGCACGCCGAUGCCCGGAAAGAUCAAUCCGCUCGAUCUGCCGGACGACUUCUUUCGUGUUCGCCUGGUCUGCACACUCCUCGACACCUGUGGCCACUGUUUCGACCGGGGCUCUGCAAAGAAGAAGCUUGAUUUCUUCCUGACUUUCUUCCAGUACUACAUGCACACGAAGGAUCCUCUACCCAUGGACAUUGAUUUCCUCGUCCAGGACACCUUCUCGAUGACUCGCCCUCAAUGGAAGCUGGCAGCUGAUCUGGCCGAGGCCACGCAGAUCUUCAGUGACGCUGUGGCACAGAACUUCAAAACGCAAGAUGCCGAGAGACCUGCCGAGCCUGACGAGGAUGAUGCCGAAAGCAGCUCGUCGGAUGAAGGUCUGGAGGAGGAUGCGAUCCCUGAAGCGGAAGAAGACCAGGAAUCCAGCGAUGAGGAAGUGUCCGGUCCGAACGAGCAAAAUGGCGAUAGCGAGUCUGAAGACGAAGAAAUCUUUGUGACUCGACAAGAAGAGGAGCGCGACCCGGAGGCAGAAGCCGAGUUCGACCGCGAAUUCGAGAAGAUGAUGGCGGAGAGCAUGGAAUCCCGCAAGUUCGAACGCAAGGGCGUGUUUGACAUACCUUUGCCAAUGAAGCGGUCGGGUCGUGAGGCCAUGCUCGAGAACACCCCAGUGGAGACGCCAAAACCCAUCGCGAACACCAUGGCGUUCUCUCUGAUGACCAAGAAGGGGAAUAAACAGCAGACUCGCACAAUCGACUUACCCUCCGAUUCCACCUUUGCAGUGGCCAUGAGAAGCCAGCAGCAAGCCGACCGAGAGGAGCAACAACGGAUCAAAAACCUCGUUCUCAACUACGAGAUGACCAACGAAACCGAGACCACCACCGAGGCCACCGAAAAACGAUCCCCUCAUCGCGACACCAGAAUGGACAAAGCAAGCACAAACCGAACCGCUUUCCGCUCCCGCAAGCUCCAGUUAAGCGACGUGAACUGGUAG